CUUACUGCCAGUGGAUUGGUUUUUUGAAUUAUUCGUGUGACCAAUCCUGUCACUGAGAUUUGGCGAACGUCCAAUCAGAUUCUUCGUGGGCGGGAAAACGCUGUGUGCGAAUGAUCUGGGCUAAAUUCAACCGUUUUGUGUAUGUUUUGUAGAGCUGUGCGCUGGUUUCACAAUUUCUUUUGCUUGUUUGUAGAAUAGGAAAUAAUUAAAACUCAAACGCGAACAGUUUACUGGUAUGAAGUUGGUGUUUUAGUGCCCCAAACCACCGACGUGGACCAAAGCAAAUCAAGCGAAAGCUAGCUUCUUAGCUUGAACAUGCCGAAUUUUUGCGCGGCCCCAAACUGUACACGGAAAAGCACACAGUCAGAUCUGGCUUUUUUCCGUUUUCCAAGAGACCCAGAGAGAUGCAGGAUCUGGGUGGAGAACUGCCGCAGAGCAGAUCUGGAAGCUAAAACUGCAGAUCAGUUGAAUAAACAUUACAGACUAUGUGCAAAGCACUUUGACCCGGGUAUGGUGUGCAAAACGAGUCCCUAUAGAACCGUACUGAAGGACACAGCAAUUCCAACCAUAUUUGAUCUAACGAGCCAUCUGAAGAACCCUCACACUCGACACCGCAAACGGAUCAAAGAGCUCACUGAAGACGAUAUACAGAGGAUGAAAGAAAGACAACUGGCAGCUGAACUUUCUUCCAAAGUAGAAGAGGAGAGCACAAACACAGCCGACGAUGAACCCCAGCUGUCCGCAGAGGAGAAAGAAUACCGAGAAUAUCUGAGGUCCUUAUUUGAGAUUCUCUUGCUGUUAGGGAAACAGGGAAUCCCUCUAACAGUAAACAAAGCAUCAGAGACGGAAUUUAAGCCCAACAACUUCCAGGCUCUCCUGGAUUACUCCAUGAAUGCCGGAGAUGCAGCUUUGAGGAAGCGCUUCAGCACGACGGCCGUCAACACAGAAUACCUCUCUUCAGCCCAGCUGAACCAGCUGCUGGAAGUUUGUGAGAACACGGUGCGCGAGGAGAUGCUCAUGGAGGUCAGGGAGAGCCGCUUCUUCUCGCUGGUCACGGGGGAGCUUGUGGAGUUUUCCAAGGAGAAGUAUCUGCCUCUGUUUCUCCGCUACGUGAAUCAGCAGAACCUCACGCGGGAGGAGUUGUUGGACUUUUUGCCGUUCGGGGACGGCGACGAGUGCGCCCUGGUGGAGCGGCUGGAGGCCCAGCUGACGGAGCGCUGGGGGCUCAGCAUGGAGGACUGCCGGGGUCAGGCGCACAAAGCCUCCGGAACCUCCACCAUCAAGAUGAAGGCGGUGGCGGUCCUGCUGAUGGAGAAGUACAAGUUUGCGGUGCACGUGCCGUGCUCUUACAUGCCGCUGAACAUCCACCUAGCCAACAACCUGCCCUAUCCCAACGUCCAGGUCACCAUGGAAACUCUGAGGCGGAUCGCCAAGCUCUUUGAAGCGCCGUCGACUCAAAGCGAGCUGGAGAAAGCCAUCGAUGUCCACCAUCAGAAGAGCGAGGACAAGGCGAGCGCGCUGAAAGAAGCUUGCGCCUCUCGCUGGACCGAGCAGCACAACGUUUUCGAUGUGCUGCUCGACGUCCUGCCGCCGCUGCUACUGUGCAUGGAUAACAUUCGGGAGAAUGACGAUGGACUGUUCACCGCCCCCAUCGUGGCGAGCGCAUACUUCUCGGAAAUCCUUGCCGACUUUGAGUUUAUAGUCACAAUUGUCAUCUUGAAGAACGUCCUCACCUUCAGCAGAGCUUUCGGGAGGAACCUGCAAGGCGAAACGCUGGACGUGUUCGCGGCAGCCAACAGCUUAACCGCCGUCCUGCACUCCCUGAACGAGGUCAACGAUAACAUCGACGUCUACCACGAAUUCUGGUACGAGGAGGCUAUCAGCCUCGCCUCCCUGAUGGAGAUCCCCGUGUCCAUCCCGAGGCUUUUCCUCCGGAAGCAGAGAUCCAUCGACGCCGGCGAAAUCCAAGCCGAGCUGUAUUUUAAGGAGUACGUGACCGUUCCCGUCAUCCGGGGCAUCAUGCAAGAGGUGGAGGACAUGUUCUCCGACACGCACCUCAACGCCCUCAAGUGCCUGUCUCUGGUUCCAGCCGUCAUGGGCCAGAUGAAGUUCAACACCAUGGAGGAGAACUACGCCGACAUUUACCACAGUGACCUGCCGAGCCCCGACACGCUCCCUGCGGAGCUCCACUGCUGGAGGAUCAAGUGGAAGCACCGCGGCAAGGAGGUGCGCCUGCCCACCAGCAUCCAUGAGACGCUGCAGCUUCCGGACGUCAAGUUCUUCCCCAACGUCAACUCCUUCCUGAAAGUGCUCUCCACCUUGCCCGUGCUGAAGCUAGAAAGCGACGGGAGCAGCGGCGGCGACAACGACACGGCAAGCAAACGGCUGCAGGCUUAUUUCGACAACACGCCCGUGAAAAACUGGCACAGAAGCCUGGCCAUGCUGCACGUGAACAGCCACGUCAAGCACGACCUGGACGUCAUGGUGGACAAAUACUGCCGGCUUUAUCCGGAGGAUGAGGUCGAGCCGGAGGAGCCAAUGGAGGAGGAGGCUGCGACAAACUGAUGGAGAUCGAAACUUAAAAUUUGAUCAAAGACAUCAUCUAAUCUUUUGGCAUACUGUAGCUUUAACUGUUAACACGAUCAACGUAAUUCUAGUAGAUUUUGAAGGAGAAAGGCGGCGUAUGCCGCUUUUCUCCUUCAAAAUCUACUAGAAUUAUGAUGAUCGUGUUAACGGUUAAAGUUAUAGUAAAUCAAAGAACAUAAAUACUGGAGCUCUGGUGUUACUUUUCUACAAAACAAAAAAAUUUCUUGAUGAAAUUUCUUAAAUAGCUUUCCUUGUAGAGCCUAGCAGUGACCACCAGAGGGAGCUGUUUCACCAGUACCAGCAGCUUUUAUGGCUUUACAUUCAUGAAGGUUUAAAAAUACACCUGAAAAAGCAAGUUUUUCUUUUUCUUUUUUUUUCGAAAUUUAUGGAUUCAAGCAACUUUUUCAUGUAUGGAUUUUUAAAAAAAUGAAAUAAAAAUGUUUUUUUCUACUGCAA